AUGCAGGCUCAAGGAGGAUCUCAACGUUCGAUGCAGAGACGAUCGCCCGGUGCAGAACCAGGCCCGCCGCCAAAUAUUCCCGUGCGAUCCAUAUCUCCCGCAAUCAACAUGAUGGCCGGCCCGGUCCAACCACGCGCCUCAACGGCUUCAAACAGGUCGACUGGAAGCAGCAGCGGAGGCGGCGGAGCGGUCUCUUAUGGCCCAGGAAAUUCCGGUGGAGGUAGCACCCGGCGGACUAACUCAUCGGGCAGCUCCGCAAUGCCUCUAUCCCAAAUAGAAAAGAGUGUCACACGGCUACUCGUGGCAACAAAGCAGCUCUUGGAAAUCCUCACACAGUGGUCGCGUGGGCAGGCAACAGACAGCCAAGUAUCUGAUGUUUAUGUCAGACUCGGGUACGAGUUCAACAUGGCAUGCCGUGCUUUUGGUGCCAUCAACGUCGAUACUAGUGACUUGGGAAACGUGCCUGAAAAGCUGCGCAAUAUUCUUGAAUCAACACUUAGCCAAGAAGCCAGCGUCGAGAGUUUGGAAAAUUACUUGCCCAAGAUCCGCGACAUUAUAAUCAACCUUCUCCACGGUCUCAAGAGAAAACAGCAAAAGCUGAGGCAAAAGCCUCGGGACAGGGAGGAUACUUCGGCCCCUGAUAACAACUUGGGCCGGACCUCGAGCACCAGCACCACGGCAAGCACAAACACCGGUUUGAGCUCGUUACUAAACGAAGGAAUCGAAAAUGGGUACCGACCCGAUUCUCAGAGCGGACCGAGCAAGAACGCAGCGAGCAACCGGCGAAUGCCGCGGGAUCAGUCGCAAAACUCAGUUGCUUCCGAGCAGUCAUCAUUAUCGAGCAAUACCAUGCAAAACAUGCCGGUACUCCCUCCAUAUCCUGGCGACGAGUCCAUUCCCGACCGACCACCGCCGCAAGAACCAGUCGACGUAAACUCUUUUCCACCGCCACCUCCGCCAAAGGCUCAACAAAGUGCGCUUGCGGCGCUACAACGGGGCGGGGACUUGGAAAGAAGAGCUUCAAGGAGAUAUUCAGCUUAUCAAAUAUCCAAGCAUCUUGGUCCGGGCGCAAAUGGCAUACCUAUGCUCCCCGCGCAGAUGGGGCCUAUCCCCAACAGAGGCCGCGGCGAAAUCAAGGAAUCGCUGCGCGCAGUGCAGGGAAGGUCAGACACGCGACGAAAUGCUCCGAAUCAACGUGCCUCACGUCUGGAUGGUUCGCCUGUCCGUACCCCAAGUCGUGUCACAGAAGACAAGCAGUCAUUCGACUCUGAACAAGCCGACUCUCAGUCAACGACAAGACAGCCUGAGACCAGCGCCACGCUCAGGGGCCCUCCUACCGACGAAUUUCCGGUCGGUGUGCCUGACGAUGGAGACCUGACUCCACAGCCCUCGCGGACCAACGCCAAGGACUACACAUCAGUCGAGAAAGAGCCUACAACGGCUGCGACGACGACGCCAGAAAAGAAGUCUAUGGGCGAGCAGUCGCCCACAGCCGCGAAGGAGCUGACCCUAUUUCUGCAGUACAAGUCGAAGGUUAAAAAGUUUGUGCUGCCCAGUGGCUACAGCGGGCUUACCCUCGGGCGACUCCAGCUUGCAUUUAUCGAGAAGUUCUCUUGGAACACUCAUAACAACGGCGCCGAUUUGCCCGAAAUAUAUAUACAGGAUCCUGUAUCAGGGGUCCGACAUGAGCUCGAGGAUCUGGCUGAUAUCAAAGAUCGUACCGUGCUUGUGCUCAAUGUCGAGGCCCUGGACGAGGUCAAGAGACAUAUUGAUGAGGGACUGAAUUCGAUCAAGACAAUCGUAAAGGAAGUCAAACAAAACGUUGACGACCACUCGACAGCUCUGCAACGAGUUUCGGAUAGACAACAGGAAGCUGCUAAGGAAAUCGCACGCCUGGCCGCCGCACCGCCGCAGGCACCCAUGACGCCGCCGGCCGAACACUCGCCGCGAUCAUCAGCCACUUCAUCAGCACCUGCUAACUCUCGGAGGCCAAAUCCCAGCGAGUUGUCUGAGAUCAGAAAUCUUCGUCGUGAUCUCGCGGUCCUGCGACAGACAUACUCGCACUUCCAGUCCGAAAUUGAAGGCUCAAUGGCGUCACUGCGGACCAAGGCCAACAACGUCAAGGUUGCAGCAGCAAAGGCAUCUAUGUCUGAUAUUGAGGCCGGGGGUGGUCAAGCAUACGUGAUCAAGGGUCGCAAGCAGCUUAACACCGACUCUGACAGACUUGUCACACAGGUCGACGAUCUUCAGGAUAUAGUUGAGGAUCUACGAAAGGAUGUCGUCACCCGUGGUGUCCGCCCGCGCCCUCGUCAGCUGGAGACGGUUGCUAAGGAGAUAUCACAGCUUACCAUAGAGCUUAAGAAGAUGGAGGAGUAUAUGAAACGCGAGAAACCCGUGUGGACACGAAUCUGGGAGAAGGAGUUGGAAGAAGUGUGUCAAGGUCGCGAGGAGCUGCGCAUUAUGGAGGAGCUUAUGAUCGAUCUCCAGGACGAUCUGGAAAAGGCGUCCGAGACCUUCGCGCUCGUGGAACAGGCAACCAAAGAACAACUCAAAGAUGCCGGAGCAGGCAACGCCGCCGGGCCGAUUGGUCCUGGUGUGCUCAGGCAGUUUUCACGAGGCCUAGAGAACAUUGGCAACAACGCUUUCGUCGAUCCCUCGGCUGCUAAAGAAGGCGUCCUUGGAGAGGUGCGGGCUUUACAGCCGAACCACGAGAAUCGCCUCGAGGCCAUCGAGCGCGCUGAGAAGUUGCGGCAGAAAGAGCUCGAAACACGCAAAGGCAACGCAUUGACUAAGGAAAUCACUGCGUUUGUGGGCGAGGGCAAGCUCAAGAAGUCCGGAGGCUUCGAGGAGGUUGAGCGGGCCAGAAAGGCAAUGGAUGAUAAGAUUCGUAGGGAGGUAUGGGAGAGGCAGAACGGCAUUGUGCCAGAGAAUCCCGUUGGAGAGGAGUCAGCACCUGAGACGGGUGGCAACGCGGCUGAAGUUGAGCCUGAUCAGGCUGCCCCGCAAGCUUGA